AUGAAAGAAGAUGAAAAUGUAAUAGAAGAAGUGGUGAUGUACUUAGAUUCUUUAGUUACUAUGAUUAAUCCAGGCCUCAAUGCACCUAUUCCAAAUUGCCAUCUGUGUAAAAAGCGACUCGAAGAGCUUAAAGAUGACUUGCAAGAUUAUACAGAAUUGCAUAGAAAUAUUAAGCAACUAACUGAAAAUGGCACCAUUGAGUGGUCAAACUUAUUUACCUGUUAUUAUAAAGAAAUUAAUGCAGAUGGAAAUAACAUACUUGGACUAGCAGUAGAUAAUGAAGAUGAAAUUACUGAUAAUAAAGAUGAAGUAGAGAAAAUUGAAGAUGACGAACAGGAAGAAUGUCAACAUGACUAG